CAUCCUGUAUGCCUCCCACCCGCUUUUGCACACAGUUUAUGCAGGAAGUGAAAUUACAAAAACUGAAAUCAAAUUAUGGAAGUUUUUAAGUGCUUGUUUUGACAGCUUGUAUCAAACACAACAUCUUUUAAUCGUAAAGUGAAGAGAGUGUUUUGUAUUGCGGUCAAAGUGUAAACUGAGAGAGAAAUCUGUUGGAGGGGACCUGUAAUUGUGCUUUAAGGAUUAUUAUCUUAAUACUGGGCUGUAUCAUUCAGAGUGAGCUAUAAGAUAAUGUUUAGAGGACAUGUUUCGGCGGAGUUUCUGUUUGAUAGGCUGAGAUAACAUGAAGUGAUAAACCUAAGGAUGACACUGAGGUGAUCUGAGUGAUAUGAAACGUCUCAGAACUGGAGAUAUAAUGAGUAAAAGCUCAAUUCUCCAUUUUAUGGGCAUAUGAGGAGUCCAGAUGCAAAAAGUGCAGUCUGACAUUUUCUUAUAAAAUGAUUAGACUACUUUUAUAAGGCUCUGUUGUUUAUAGGCUAUUUAAAAUGUUUAAACUUAAAUGGUAAAAGAGGACGUAUAUUGCCAUUAUAAGGGAAAUCACUGAACUCAAAUAGAGCCUGAUAGAAACGCAAAUUUCAAAAGAAAGUUUCAAACAUCACUUAGAGGCUUUUGCAUCAAAAGUCUUCUUUGUUUUAAUAAAUAUUUGAGGAAGCAAUAUCACUCAUCUGUUGUCGUGAUGAUGAUCUCUAUCUCCGCCCACCUCAUGUUUUUCAGUCCGACAGAUCUAGCGGCACCAGCUUAAAUUUUCAGUCGGGGAAAUCUGCCUUCUUAAACGCGUUUGAAAGACAUCAUUCAACAUCAGUCAUCUGCGUUCAUCCUCUGAUGUGUGAAAGACGUGUUGACUCAUUCAGCUGAUCGAAAUGAACUCAUUUUCAAAGGAUGGUGUCUCAGGGAAUUUCUCCUUUUCUGCCACCACACCCAUUCCAGUGGUUUCUGGAGAAACCAACAAGAGCUGCCGCUUCAAUGAGGAGUUCAAGUACAUCCUGCUACCUGUAUCAUACUCACUUGUGUGUUUCCUGGGACUGGUACUGAACUCUGUGGCCUUGUGGAUGUUUAUUACUAAAAUGCGACCAUGGAACACCAGUACUGUGUAUAUGUUCCACUUGGCCCUGUCAGACACACUGUACGUGCUCUCCUUGCCCAUGCUCAUAUAUUACUACGCAAACCGCAGUCACUGGCCAUUCGGCGUUUUCCUCUGUAAGGUUGUGCGCUUUCUUUUCUAUGCAAACUUGUACUGCAGCAUCCUUUUCCUCACUUGCAUCAGUGUUCACCGUUACCUCGGCAUCUGCCACCCCAUUCGUACUCUCUCGCUGGUGAAGCCGCGUCAUGCCCACCUGGUGUGUGCCGUGGUUUGGAUAGCGGUGAUUGUCUGUCUGGUGCCUAAGCUUAUUUUCGUCACCACUUCUCAAAGAGAUAAUGACACAUUGUGUCAUGAUACCAGCAGCCCGGAACAGUUCGAUAACUAUGUUACUUACAACUCAGUGGUAAUGGUGCUACUGUUUAUUCUACCUUUUCUGGUCAUCGUGGUUUGCUAUUGUCUGAUGGCACGGACCCUCUGCCAACCCAGAACAGGCCUUUCCCAAAGUAAACAGAGUGCCUCCAGCCGAACGAAGUCUAUUAAACUUAUAAUAGUGGUGCUGGUCGUGUUUGCAAUCUGUUUUGUGCCCUUCCACAUCACACGCUCGCUGUACUAUGCAUAUCGUGUUUUAGACGCUGACUGCAAGUCUCUUAAUAUUGUCAACUUUGCUUAUAAAAUCACUCGUCCCCUCGCCAGCAUGAACAGCUGUUUGGACCCCGUACUUUACUUCCUGGCAGGCGAUCGCUAUCGAUCUAAACUCCUAAGAGUGUUCACAAGAAAGACACCUAAGAGCAGCUCCGAUCCGUACGUGCACUCGCCCCCUGAAAAAAACCUUGGAUCUGCUAUUAAAAAUCCAGAUGCUCAAGUCAACAAAGAAUCUAAACUGUAGCGCCAGACGUGGAUUUUGGAAACAUAAAAUAGACUCCUAAUGGGUUUUCAGUCCACAGCCAUAUCUUCUCAAGCCACGGAGACAAACAUUUGAAAUAAGCCAGGACCAUUAGAUUGUAAACACUACAAUGAAGUUUGAGGAAUCUCUUUGGAGAAUGGAUGUGGUUUGCUUCCUUUGCACUCCUAAAGCUGUUUUUAUCCAGUAUUACUGUUAAGGUAGUGCAGCUCUAUUAUUAAAGCACUGAUGGCCAAUCACCCCUAGUUACUGUUUUGAAGAAAUGUUUAAUGUUGGUCAAGAACGGACAUGACAGGAAAUAGAUACUGCCAACACUGAAAACAAGACCUACUGUUAAUGCCAGAGAUGGACUUUGGUCUAUAACUGUUAAGACAAAAAUGCCAACCUGUUUUGUUAUGUUAUUUGUUAUUAUCUGCACUGUUAAUAAGAACACAAAAUCUUUAAAAAAUGAGAGAUAAAGUGCCUAUUUGAGUUAAACUUAACAGCUGGAAUCAGGAAAAGCGGGAAGGUUGUGGGAGAGGCUGGAAAGUCAACAAACACAACCGCAGUCUGUUCUGCAGAUAUCCCCUCCUGGCCACUCUUAUUGUAUGGCUGUUUUUUCAUUUGGUGGAGGAGCUGUAGCUACAGCUGUGCGGCUUUACAUAUCUUUCAGCCACUGCAUGACGGUGGAGCUGAAUGAAGAAAAAGGAAAUCAGAUCCUUUUGAAAUAUAGCGGGGAGAGAUUUUCUUGAUGGAACAUCUGUGGGAUCGAUUUUGAGUGUACUUAUUUUCUUUUUGAUGUAGUUUCUCUUUAUUAAAUUGAGAUGAUUUUUGCAAGAUGGGAUUGUCAUGUAAUACAGUUUUUAUAUCGCUACACAUACAGUCCAUAGAUAUCAGUGCCCUUCAUAAUGCCAUAGUAGAAGAAGCUCAAUUGACGGAUUGGUUUCAUAAAGAACCCUUAACGGUAACACGUUACAAUAAGGUGCUAUUAGUUAACAUUAGUAAAUGCUUUAGCGAACAUUAGCUAAUAACGAUUAGUACAUGGUGCAUUAACUACCAGUGACAACGUUUGAUUUUAAUAAUGUAUUAGUAAAUGCUGAAAUUAUCAUGAAUUAAUAUAAAUAAAUGCUGUAGAAGUAUUGUUCAUUGUUGCAUUAACUAAUUGUUAACAAAUAGCCACUUAUUGUAAAGUGUCAUCCCCUUAACAUCCAAAUAACCUUUCUGUUUCACAAAAGGUCUUUAGAUUUUUAAAUGUAAGAAAGAACUGGUGCUUAUGAGAACCUUUGAGUUGAUGGUUCUUUGGGGAAACAAAUAUGGUUCUUCUAUGGCAUCGCUGUGAAGAACCUUUUGAAGCACCUCUAUCUGAUACAAACAAAAUGUGACAUAAUUACUUUUUAAGACUUCUUAUUUCUGUUAAUAACUUCUGUAUUUCUCUUGCACUAUAAAGCAAAAAUUGCAGCUCCUCAUUUACAUUAUGCAUGUAUGUAUUCUUGUGUACUUUCUGUAUUUAUCCUUGAUGUCCCCACCUACUUUUAUGAGUAUUUUUUACCGGGACUAUAAAGUGUAUUGGGUGGUUGUGCAAGAAAAAAUCAUCUUUCUUUGUGUGUUUGAGAACACAGGGUCUCUCAGGGGAAAAGCUCAUCAUUUUGGUCAGUAGAUGUCCUCAGUGCUGUUUUCAUUUUUUAAUAUUGAGAGCUUACUCAUCUCAAUUUAUUUCGCCCAAUAAAUAUACCUGUUGGCUGUUUUUGUGAAAUAGAAGAAUAGAUGAGUUGUUGAGAUCAUGAAUUGUGGAAAAUCAUGGAUGGGGUGGAAAGUUUAUGAAAGAUUAGCAUUUUUCCAUCUUUCAUUAAAAUCAUAUUUAAUGUAUGGAUUUAAAUACAUUAAAUAUGCACAUACUAGUCAAGUCAUCUAUAUUUAGGGUAAACAAAUGUCAUGUGGCCUUGACUUAACUUCCAGUAGAUUUAAAAUUUACUUAGUAUAAAAUAAUUUGAUUUAGGCUAAAGUAAUUUAAUUUAAUUUUAAUUAAAUACACACUCAACGAUUUUAUUGAAACUAAACACAGACCGGUAGUGAACUUCGGGGCAAGCGUGUGCAAUAUGCACUGCAUAUGAUAAAGCUGUCUAUAUACACUGCAGAUUGGGUCAAAGCAACCUCACAGAAUAAAACAGAUAAGUAAAGUAUUACAGUAUUAAACAUAAAAAAACUGUCAAUAUGACCAAAGCUUUCAUGUAUGUCUUAUAAUAUAGAAUCUAACGUUUUUGUAAGUUAUUAUUAGAUACUUGAAGCUAAUUUUAACAAUGUACCUGCAUGGUAUUCCUACUUUUUUCUGUUCUUUAUAUGUUUGAAAUAUUAUAUGGUUAUACAAAUUUAAUUGGUAAUGUUAAAGGUAAUAUUUAUUUUUGUCCGCUCUUUCUAAUCCUUCUUCCAGAUGCCUUUCCCUUCCUAUUUCCCCUGUUUCUCUAUCUGUACUUGUCUUGUAUCCACUCAUCCUUGUGGAGAGAGCCACUGGGCCCAAGGACACGGGCUGGGGGCUCCUGAUAAAAUUAAUGCUGUGAGCACUGUGAUACAAUACUCAUACAAAACAAAAUCCAGCUGUAAAGAAAAAAGUGACUCCCUGAGAGGCAACAUAACCUUAGAAUAUUUUUUUAUCUGAUAACAAA